GCUUCUUUUCAAAAAGGCUCAACAUACGUUUGUGGAGUUUUUGUAAAAGCCACAACCGCAGAAGAGGAAGUUGCUUAGACAGGUGGCAAUUCUUGAGUUGCUUCACACUUCCCCGUAAAGCAUUUAAAUAAAGACUUCCCUUUUGGUGGGUGAGAGUUCUAUAUAAGAGCCUCUGUCUUUUUCACUGCUCACUUUGGUGUGAUGCUGCUCGCUGCAUAAAGCGCGGCUCAAAACCCUCGAGGAAGCGAUGAGCGUUGGUUUAUCGGUUGGGACAGGAGGACCACGCUGUCUCACCCGGUUUGUUCCAGGCCGUUGACCCGAGAAGGAGCCCUUGUCUCGCCGAACCCCCCCGCGCCGCAGUGUAUCCAUUCCCCCUGCGGAGCGGUGGAUGUAAUGUGACACAUCUCCGUCCCCUUCUGUCUUACAUCCGGAGGGGCGCCACCAUGCAGCAGUGCCACACCGGACUGUGUCUGUCUGUCUACAUAUUCACCUUCGUGCUGGGCUUCCCGGCCAACGUCCUCGCCUUCUACACCUUUUUCAAGAAGGUGAGGCGGAAACCCACCCCCAUCGACAUCCUGCUCCUCAACCUGACCAUCUCCGACCUCCUCUUCCUCGUCUUUCUGCCCUUCAAGAUGCAGGAAGUGAGGAACGGCAUGCGCUGGGACAUGCCCUAUAUCCUCUGCCCGCUGUCGGGCUUCGUCUUCUACAUGACCAUCUACAACAGCACCUUCUUCCUCACCGCGGUCAGCGUGGAGCGCUACCUGGGCGUGGCCUUCCCCAUCCAGCACACGCUGAAGAGGCGACCGGCGUACGCCAGCGCCGCCAGCGUCUUCUUCUGGAUCUUCUCCUUCAUCCACCUGAGCAUCGUGGUCAUCGUGCCCUUUAUCGGCCCUCAGCGCUCCCCGAACGGCACCUCGGAACACGCCGUCGCCGACAAGUGGAACGUGUGCUACACGAACUUCACGGAGAGCCAGCUGCGGGUGCUGCUGCCCGUGCGCCUGGAGAUAUGGGUGGUGCUCUUCUGCAUCCCCUUCCUGAUCAGCAGCUACUGGUACAUCAACUUCAGAAUCCUGUCCAAGGUGCAGCACAUCGGGCGGCGCCGGCGUCUCCGGGCCAUCGGCAUGGCCCUGGGAACCCUGCUGGUGUACGCGUUGUGCUUCGGCCCGUACAACGUGUCGCACAUCGUCGGGUUCGUCACGUGGAGGAGCCCCAGCUGGCGCGACAAGGCGCUGCUCUGCAGCACCUUCAACGCUUGUCUGGACCCUCUCAUUUUCUACUUCUCCUCCUCGGCGGUGAGAAAGACGGUGGGUGGCGUGAUAGGAGGGGUUAGGAGUCACCUCGACAGGUCCUGUCACGUGCUCCGGGCCUUGUGUGGGGGGACGAACAAGCCCGCAAGAGAUGAGGAACGCAAACAAGAGGAGAUCAAUGCUAUCUGAGGAGAGACUGGAAGAAAGCCGCCAGCAGCUGCCUCCGCUAAUUUGUUCAUUCUUCGCCGGUGGAAGCAGGAAGAAGUCACGUUUAAUGGGUUUUUUUAGGCGAGGAAGCUGCUUGGCGCCCUGUGCGCGGCACACGGUCAGACUUUUUGAGGAACUUCCUGUUGGGAAACCAGAGAAGGAAGCAUAGCCGUUUGCAUUGUAAUGAGCAAGCUACGGAGACUUUGACCAGUCGUAUUCAAAUGAGAAAGACUUUUAAGUGAAGUGAGAUGAAGGAUUUUAAGAACUCGAUGCAUUGGGGUGUUUUCCUCAGAGCUCCUAAAGAGUCUUUAAGAGGAUUGAACUGUGUUGAAAAUGACAUGACUUUAUACGACCUUACAAACACACAGGCAGCUAAUAUGCGGUCUGCUGACAUGUAAACAUGGAUUUGCUUAAUUAACCUGUGAUCAUUUUCAUGGAGAUUUUAGAUUAUGUUAUUUCUAUCACAGAUGUUUAUUAUAUCAAAACUAAAUGUAGCAAACACAUAGAAUGAAUGUUUUAAUAUCAGAGGGAUGAAUGCUUAGAAUAUACGUCUGAAAGAUAAGGACUUUACACGGAAGUACAAUCUUCAUAAAAAAAUCAUGUAAAUAUAUAUUUUGCUAAAUACAUUCGUCAUAUAAUGGGUGAUACGUGAGUGACUGUAGCCGAGCCGAGGAAUAUAAAGUGAUAACAUAACCGUUGCUUUCAUAAACAAAUCACAUAAAAAAUAAAAAAUAAAUUCUUUUGAAAGAAUGUGAAUCGUACUUAUAAAAAUCUACCUGAAUGUGUGUACCUUUUUAAAAAAACAACCAUAUAUAUGUGUGUGCAUAUAUGUAAGGCAACAGAUAUAUAUACCUAUGAAUAUGUUUAUUCAAAUAUCUAUGUACGGUACUAGUGAAAAAAAUAAAACAAACAAUAUGCAAU